AUGGUUGUAGAUGUAGCUGAUCAGUCUGUGCACAGGGUUUUGUUAGACAGUGGUGCUGAAGUAAACGUUAUUUAUAAGUCUUGCCAGGACCAUAUGGAUCUGGAAGAUAAAGUGUUAAAAAGGUCUUCCACUCCCAUCGUAGGAUUCUCAGGAGAGUCAGUACAUGCAGAAGAGAAAAUAACUCUGCCUGUAACUAUCACUGAUAAGCAAGGGGUUAUUAUUACAGUUCCUCAGGAAUUUUACAUUAUUGAUGCUCUAACCAAAUAUAAUUGUAUUCUGGGAAGGAAGUUCACAGUUGCAAUAACAAGCAUUCCCUCUACCCAUCAUCAAACCUUACUCUUUGUGGGGCUAGAAGGAAGAGUCGAAAGGGCUAGAGGAAACGAGAAAAUGGCAAGGUCUUGCAAUUUUGUAAAUAGAGCAAAUACUGUGCCACAAAAACACGAAAACAAAGGUGCCAUAAAAAGUAGCAGAAAAAGAAAAAAGGCCCUGUAA